CUUCUCAUCUCCCCUCGCUCUGUUCCUUCUUUUUUCUUCGUCUGCUUUUCCUAAGUUUCAAGUUUCAACUUCUUACUCUCAAAUGAAAAUGACGACUUCAAAUUCAAGAGCCAGAUCCAGUGGACCAGUCUUGUCUGACGGGAUUCAGAGAACGAUCUCUCCGCCGUCGUCGACGGCUUUCGCGUCUGCAAGUUCGAGUUUCUCUCCUCGAUCGACUGGUUUCUUCAAUAGAUCAGUCUCUCCUACUGGCAUCAAUCUCUGUGGUUCCCUUCCAUCUUCGUCUUCUCCAUCUGUUCGGUUUUCGAUCGACCGAUCUCGCUCUCCUAGCAGGUCGAUUGCCGUAUCUCCUCGAGAUCAGGUCGUGAGUAAGCAGAGUAAUCAUCUGUCCGCUCAAUCAUCUCCGAGGAGGACGUGUAUGUGUUCGCCGACUAAUCAUCCUGGUUCGUUUCGUUGCAGUCUCCAUAAAGGUGUCGAUAACCGCCAUCAUCAUGCGCCAUCGUAUCCAUCUUCUUAUCGAUUGAAUGCUCGGAGAUCGGCGAUGACAAAUUCGCUUGUUCGGAUCGGUUCUGUUGAGGGUGAAUUGGUUAAGAGAGCUUUGACAGCUUUAAUUAGACCUUCUUCUCAUCAACAGAAGAGAAGAGCGUCGUUCCAGCGAAGACCUAGCCGGCUUUCUCUCAUGUCGAUAACUGAAGACUUGUGAUCAAUCAAUCGAGCAGGUUCGUUCAACUAUAUUCCUCGAUUCUCUUCUGUAAAUAUCUUGUAUUGCCGUAUUGUUUCGGCACUGGAAAGGAAGCCUUUUCUUUUAGCGCGAGGGCAGAAUCCUGGAAUAGAGCAGCAGAUUGACAGAGCCUAUCGAGGCAUCUCUUUGUACAUCUCCAGAGACCAGAGACCAGAGACCAGAGACCAGAGAUCAUAGAUCAUAGACCAACUUGUACAUACCAAUUUUGCUGUUUGAAGAACUUGAUCAGAUAUCGGAUUUCACAGUUUAACCUAAAA